GCUGAUGACAGAUGGAUUGUUUGGAUUCAGCCCUCUGCCUUCUCCUCGGGGAACUCCCUCACUCAGUCCGUUCAUCCCGCUAACAAGGGGGAUUAAUUUGACCUGCAUUUGAAUGUGUCCACUUCUGUUUUCCCCCUUUGUGUGUAAUACCUGGAGAAGUUGGAAGUAGCUCGUUCAGGGGAAGUGUUGGACCGAGCGGGAGCUCCGUCACUGAGCCGAAGAGGGAGAAGACAGGAACAUUUGGGAGACUAGGAGGAAGAAGAAGAAGGAACCAUGAGUGUGCAAAAGGAAGACGUGGAGAAGUUCCUCCAGGGGAACCCUGCAUUUGCUAAACAGUACUUUGCCAAGAAGCUGAGCCCUGCCUCCAUAGCAAAGGUGUCAGGACUCCCAGAAAAACAGAUUGACUUCACCCAGUUCCAGGAGCUCAGUCAGGUCGAAGAAAGCCGAAUCAUGUAUGAAUUGAUCAGAGACAUGCAGGAGAACAUCAACGUGGAAAAGGUGGUGUUCAAGAUACUGAAGAGAAUCAGCGCGCUCAUCCACGCAGACCGGUGCAGCUUGUUCAUGUACCGCCAGCGGAACGGCAUCGGAGAGCUCGCCACAAGGCUCUUUAACAUCAACGCGGAGGCAGAGCUGGAUGACUGUGUCGUGCCGCCGGAUUCUGAAAUCGUCUAUCCGCUGGACAUGGGAAUAGUCGGCCACGUGGCCCUGACCAAGAAGACUGUUAAUGUGAAAGAUGUCACAGAGAACCAGCACUUCAGCUCAUUCGUCGACGACCUCACAGAAUACAAGACCCGGAACAUUCUGGCUACGCCCAUCCUCAACGGCAAAGACAUGGUGGCUGUGAUCAUGGCUCUAAACAAGACCACUGGACCACAUUUCACUGCUGAGGAUGAAGAUCUUUUUUUAAAGUAUCUGAAAAUUGCCACGUUGAACUUGAAGAUCUACCACCUGAGUUACCUCCACAGCUGUGAGACCCGUAAAGGACAGCUGCUGCUGUGGUCUGCCAACAAGGUAUUUGAAGAGCUGACAGACAUUGAGCGACAGUUUCACAAAGCCUUGUACACAGUCCGAGCCUACCUCAACUGUGACCGCUACUCUGUCGGUUUACUAGACAUGACGAAGGAGAAGGAGUUCUUUGAUAUUUGGCCAGUGUUGAUGGGAGAGCAGGCACCUUACUCUGGCCCCGUCACGCCUGAUGGCAGGGAGGUAAUUUUCUACAAAGUGAUUGACUAUAUACUACACGGAAAAGAAGACAUCAAAGUAAUACCCACUCCGACUCCAGACCAUUGGGCCUUGAGUAGCGGACUGCCUACUUACGUUGCUGAGAGCGGUUUUAUUUGUAACAUUAUGAAUGUGGCUGCUGACGAGAUGUUCAAGUUUCAGACUGAGCCGCUCGACAGCAGUGGCUGGACCAUAAAAAAUGUUCUCUCGCUGCCAAUCGUCAACAAAAAAGAAGAGAUAGUUGGCGUGGCCACUUUUUACAACAGGAAAGACGGAAAGCCUUUUGAUGACCAGGAUGAGCAGCUCAUGGAGGCUUUGACCCAGUUCCUGGGCUGGUCUGUUUUGAACACGGACACUUACGACAAGAUGAACAAGCUGGAGAAUCGGAAAGACAUCGCUCAAGACAUGGUGCUCUACCAUAUCAAAUGUCGGGAUGAUGAGCUUCAGAAUGUCCUGAACACCGUAGAAGUCUAUGGCCGUGAACCCAGAGACUGUGAAGAGGAGGAGCUCUACGAUCUCCUGAAAAAAGACCUACCUCCACUAAUUAAGAAGUUUGAGAUCUACGAGUUCCGCUUUUCGGAUUUUAACUGCACGGAGAUGGAACUGGUGAAGUGCGGCGUCCAGAUGUACUACGAGGUCGGCGUGGUCAAGAAGUUCCAGGUCCCUCAAGAGGCGCUGGUUCGGUUCAUGUACUCACUCUGUAAAGGCUACAGAAGAAUCACCUACCACAACUGGCGUCAUGGCUUCAACGUGGGACAGACCAUGUUUACACUCUUAACCACGGGAAUGCUGAAGCGGUACUACACUGACUUGGAGGUAAUGGCCAUGAUGACUGCUGGCUUCCUCCAUGAUCUAGAUCACAGGGGGACCAACAACUUGUACCAAGUCAAAUCUGGCAACCCUAUGGCCAAGCUACAUGGCUCCUCUAUCUUGGAACGACACCAUCUAGAGAUGGGGAAGUUCCUCUUGGCUGACGAGAAUCUGAAUAUCUACCAGAACCUUAACAGGCGACAGGUAGACCAUGUGAUUCAUCUAAUGGACAUCGCCAUCAUCGCCACUGACCUGGCUCUUUAUUUCAAGAAAAGAACCAUGUUCCAGAAGAUCGUGGACCUUUCACACACAUAUGAGGACGAGAAGAAGUGGGUCGACUUCAUGUCACUAGAAACAACAAGAAAAGAAAUCGUCAUGGCUAUGAUGAUGACCGCAUGUGACUUGUCAGCCAUCACCAAGCCUUGGGAGGUACAGAGCAAGGUUGCCUUGCUGGUAGCAGCAGAGUUCUGGGAGCAGGGCGACCUGGAGAGGUCGGUACUGGAGCAACAACCUAUUCCCAUGAUGGACAGGAACAAGUCAGCGGAGCUACCAAAGCUACAGUGUGGUUUCAUUGACUUUGUCUGCACGUUUGUCUACAAGGAGUUUUCUCGCUUCCACCCACAAAUCACGCCCAUGCUGGAUGGCAUCCUAAAUAACAGGAAGGAGUGGAAUAAUAAGAAAGAGGAGUAUGACGCUAAAAUGAAAGCCAUAGAAGACGCGAAGGGUCCUAAAGAGGCAACCACGGCCACUAAAGCUCCUGCAAACCCCAGUGGUGGAGGCUCCAAGACCUGCUCAGUGUGCUAGAAGCUCAAAAGCCGUGCACAUGAUGGGAGUGCUCACGACAGACUGACUUCAGAAUUACCUGAGCACCACAGCCAGCCAGUCAGUCAGUCAGUCUCACCGCCAAGGAGUAAAUGCAAUAAAGUCAGGAAAACGGAUACGUGAGUGAAUGUACAGCGCCGUAGUAUUUCUUCAGAAAAACUGGUUGCGAUCAGAAAAGGAAAAACACCUGAAAGAGGAGAGAAUCCUCACCAAGAAGAGCAAAGUUUUAUCUUUGAAAGGACACAAACCAGGUGAGCAAGGCAGGACACCAACACAUCUCGGAAAAAAACAUCACUGAGGAACAACUGACACAGUCGUGACCACUUGUACUUUAAUUAAAUAUGAAUCCAUUUUUGAAUCUCAGGUUUUCACUCAUCCUCACAUCCGCUUCCUUAAAUUUGAAGGAUUAAUGUUAGUUCAGACGGUGCAGAGAUGCUGAAUGCGCUUGUUUGUUUUUGUUGCGGGACAAACUUUUAUAUUUCUUCUCACGGUUUCUUUAAUGUAGUUAUGACACUAAGCAAAAUGAGAGGAUACAAUUUGUACAUACAUCUGUGUAGUAAGUGAUACCCAUGUACAGUAAUAUGUAAGAGUGAAUACACUAUAUAAUUCUUUGCUGCAAAGCCCAAGUCACUGUAGCAUGUAGAUCAUGUUUGGAGCUCUGAUUUUAAACACACUAUAUUGUACAUUAAUGUAAUAUUCAUAUAGCGGUUCAGUAUGUAAAUUCAGAUAAUGGGUAGAUAGAAGUAUAAUUAAACUACUGUAUAUAUAUUCCAAAAUGAUAAUUUCAUGUUCACUCCUUCCAGUCACUUACCAUUUACAAAUGAGAGUCUGUUUACCUUGAUUGCAGAGAACCAAAGGUAGAUGACAAGCUGCUGCAGUAAAAGAUGCAUAUUUGUAUAGAGUAUGGUUACUUUAUAGGAAUAUAAAAGGCAUAGAAAUUUAGCUCUACUGUCUGCAAACAAGCCUGUAGUUGCUUAAUCAUGAUGCCUUCAUACUGUACAUACAUCUGAGAGAGUAGCUGAGUUAUAUUUUAUGAAUAUACAUUACAAAUGUCUUAUUUAAUAAGAGCAUGUUGAAAAGCUGGAAAUGAAUUGGUUCCAGGUCAGAUUAACUUUACUAUGAACUCAAUGAUUGGACCUCAAUGGUUAUUCCAAUCUUUUUUAGCAUGAUAUGGUAGCAGGAGCAGCCAUCUUUCUCCAACUGCUGUGGAAAGUUACUACUUAUUAAUUCAUCCUCUACAACGGACAUCCUAAAUAGGAGCAAGGGUCAGCAGCCCUAUAGCACCACCCGAGGACUAACUCAACUUCUGAGGCCUGUGUUUUGUUCAAGGGCAAUGAUAGUAUUUAUAAUAGCUAACGAUGAUGCGUUUUGAAGUGAGAGGAAACGGAACACAGAAAUGUGGAGAACAUGCUAAACCCCACAUUAAAAUCAUCAGGUCAAUGAUCUGAAAACCACCAGUCCAUCGUGCAUCUGCAGUAACUAUUUCUGCAGACAGAAGUGAAAAGAACAAUGCAUUGUAAUGACUUGUACAUACUUCCUUCCUUCCUCCCUGUAAAUAUAUAUAAAAAAAAGAAUAUUUUUCUAGUUGAAAUAUAGAGGCUUAUUUUUUAAAUAGUGAACGUAGUGUGGUUUGUAAGCACUGGCAAAUGAGUCAUCAAGUCAUUUCUUAUUCCCUUAAAUGAUUGAAAUAUGGUUUUUAAUCACGCUUAACUCAAUUUACUGAUGUACAAGUAUGGGUGUAUCAGAGAUGACCAUGUAAUAUUAGACAAUAAAUGUACCUUAAUAUGCGGUGGACAUUAACAUUUUAAGUAGACUUAACUUUAUGGUCAGUUUUUUAAAGCUUGCCCCUCCAUGUGCUCUAUGUGUACAAUGAUGACCCAAAUAAAGCAAAUGUAUUUUUAUGAGGUAA